AUGCCACGUCAUCAUCAUUAUCGAAAAAAUCAACCAAUCAAAAAAUCGAUACCAUGGAAACGAGUAGUUUUUUAA